AUGCUGCUGCCAGCGCGCUGCAGCGAGAGGGGCCGUCAGAGAGCCCAGCCCCACCUCACGGCCAGCAGCAGGCAGGGAGGCAGAAGGGGAAGGAGGAGGGAAGCCAGGAAGGAAGAAAGUCAGGAGGAAAGGAAGGCAAUCGAGAGGAAAGGCAGGCAGGAGAGACAGCAGUGGGAACUGGGCCGGGCAAGCCUGCUGGGGCAGUGGUGGCUGGAGGACUCUGCUCACACGCAGGACUGGACUUUAAACCAGGAACUGGCCCAGCAUGGGCGUGGGGAGCACCCAGCAGCCACAGGGACACCAGGACAGCUGGGACAGCUGCCCACCCCCGUGCUCAGCAGCACCCACGGCCGGCGCUGCCAGGAUAUUUAUAGUGCCCCGUGCCCCAGCAGCACCACUGCCACCAGCACGGCACUGAGCACCGAGGCCCCGGAGCUGGCACCGGCGUGCCUGGGCCGGGAACCGAAGCACCGUGCGGGGGUCACCGAGGGGCCGCCAGGGCUGUCACCGGGUGAGGCGGGGGCUGCCCAGCCCGGGCUGCCCGCCGCGCCGGGGCCGCGGUCCCCGGCCCGCGGAAGGCGCUGCUCGCUUGGGCAUCCUCGGUCCCGGGGGCACCGGCACCGGGACGCCCCAGGCUCGGGGGUCACGCGGGGCCGGGCCGCCUACCUGGGUCAAGGUCGCGGCGGUCCCGUCCCGUCAGCGCCGCACCUGCGGAGGGCACGGGAGGCGUCGGGCGGGGGCCGGGACCCCGCGACCCCGCGGAGACCGGGCCGCUCGCCCUGGGCACCGCGGCCCGCCCGGUCCCGGCCCCGCCGCGCCCCCUCAGCCGGCACCGCCCGGGCCGGGCCGGUCCCUCCGGCCCCGCGCGGCCAAGGGCGGGCGGCGGCCCGGGCAGCGCGGCACAAGGGCGGCUGGCCCUGCCCCGAGGCCCGCCCCGCUCCCGCGGCCCCCGCUCCCGCGGCCCCCGCUGGCGGUGUCCCCUGGCCGGCGCUCCGGCGCCCCCCGGCCGCUCCCGGCGCCGCCGCUCACCGCCCGCCCCCGCCGCGGGCCCCGCGCUGCCGACGCCAUCUUCCCGCCGCGCCCGACGCACCGCGCGCGCGGCCCCGCCCACCGCGCCCGGGCACGCCCACGCGCCUCGGUGGGCGGGGCCUCUCCGGCAAAGCCCGAGCGCUCAUUGGCUGGGCCGCGAGUGGGGCGGGGCCGGGGCGCGUGGGAACCGGGAAUCGGGAACCGGGAAUCGGGAACCGGGACCGGCGGUACCGGGACACCCGCACCGGGACAGGCGGUACCGGGACACCCGGCACCGGGACACCCGCACCGGGACAGGCGGUACCGGGACCGGGGGUACCGGGACACCCGGCACCGGGACAGGCGGUACCGGGACAGGCGGUACCGGGACACCCGCACCGGGACACCCGGCACCGGGACACCCGGCACCGGGACAGGCGGUACCGGGACAGGCGGUACCGGGACACCCGGCACCGGGACAGGCGGUACCGGGACCGGCGGUAUCCUGUACGAGCACCCCCGGAGGGAACAUCCUCAGAAACCGGGAGCCCCUCUGCGCCGGGCAGCGGUGACCGGGUACGCAGUUGCUGGGGCUCCCGGCACCGAGAGCCCCAGUACGGGCACCGCUCGGAACCGGGCACCCCGCCGGCCCAGCCACCCCAGCACCGGAGCGACCCGCGGUCCCUCUGUGCCCCCAGCCGUCCUGCCACCCCCCGGAGCUGGAGCCUGGACCCCGCCGGGGACUGGCACUACCGCUGGCUCAGCCUCAUGGUGCUGCCCAUCCUUUACAACUGGGUCGUCCUCAUCCUCAGGUGCUGCUUCCCCGAGGUGCAGGAGGCACACACGGGGCUGUGGCGGGCCCUGGACGGGCUCAGCGACGCGCUGUACCUGCUGGACAUCGGCGUGCGCCUCCACACAGGUUUCCUGGAGGACGGCAUCCUGGUGCGGGACGUCAGGCGGGCGCGGCGGCGCUACCUGGGCUCCUGGACCUUCCCCUGGGAUGUGAUGGCCGUGCUGCCCACCGAGCUGCUCUGUCUGCUCCCGGGGGUCCCGAGGGUGCCUGGGGUGCCGGCAGCCCGUGCCAACCGCUGCCUGCGGGUGCCGCGGCUCCUCGAGGCCUUCGACCGGUGCGAGACGCGCACGGCCUGGCCCAACGCGUUCCGCAUGGCCAAGCUGAUGCUGUACCUGCUGCUGGGCAUCCACUGGCACGGCUGCCUCUACUUCGCGCUGUCGGCACGCCUGGGGCUGGGCGCUGACCCCUGGGUCUGCCCCGCCUUCCCGCGACUGCUGCGCCGCUACCUGCACAGCUUCUACUUCUCCACGCUGGUCCUGGCCAUGGUGGGCGACACGCCGGAGCCGCGGCGCGAGGAGGAGCUCCUCUUCCUCACCGCCGGCUUCCUCCUGGCCGUGCUGGUCUUCGCCACCAUCACCGGCAGCAUCAGCACCGUCAUCGUCAACCUCAGCUCGGCCGCCAGCGCCUUCUACCCCGACGCGGGGCCGGUGCGGCGGUUCCUGCGGGCGCGGGGCGUGGGCGGGCGGCUGGCGGGGCGCGUGGAGCGCUGGCACCGGCACCUGCGGGCGCAGCGCAAGCUGCCGGCCGAGUGGGCCGCGCUGCGGCCGCUGCCGCGGGGGCUGCGGGCCGAGGUGGCGGCCGGCGUGCACAUGGCGGCCCUGCGGCGCGUGGGGCUGUUCCGCGGCUGGCAGCCCGGCGUGCUGCGGCAGCUGGUGCUGCGCCUGCGGCCGCAGGUCUUCGGGCCCGGCGAGUUCGUGUGCCGGCGCGGGGACGUGGGCCGCGAGAUGUACUUCAUCCGCGAGGGCCGCCUGGCCGUGGUGGCCGAGGACGGCGUCACGCAGCUGGCCGUGCUGGGCGAGGGGCUCUACUUCGGGGAGAUCAGCCUCAUCGACAUCAAGGGUGAGCCCCGCGCCGCGCCCCGGCGCUGCCCCGCGCCGCCCUCGGGCUCACGGCCCUGCCCCGCAGGCAACGCGGCGGGGAACCGGCGCACGGCCAACAUCCUGAGCAUCGGCUACUCGGACCUGUUCUGCCUGGGCAAGGAGGACCUGGCGGAGGUGCUGGCCGAGUUCCCCCGCGCCCGCGCUGCCAUGGAGGCCAGGGGCCGGGAGCUGCUGCUCCGCAUGGGCCAGCUCGACACCGCCGCGGAGGCGGCCGGGGCGGCGGCGGAGCGGCGGCUGCGGGGGCUGGAGCGGGCCCUGGAGGGGCUCCAGACGCGGGCAGCCCGGCUGCUGGCACAGCUGGAGGCCGGGGCCCUGCGCAUGGCCCUGCGCGUCCGGCGCCUCGAGGGACGGCUGCAGCUGCGGGACGGGGCGGUGCGGGACAGGGCAGUGAGGACACACGGGGCAGCAGGAGCGGCCUCUCCGCAGCAGCCUGCCGGGCCACAGGGUCCCUCCGGGGGACAGGGCCCCCCCAGAGUGCAGGGUUCCAAGGCACAUGGUGUCCUCAGGGCGCAGGGUGCCCCCGGGGCACAGGGUCCUGCCCAGGACCCAGGUUCUGCAGGAGGACGGGGUCCCCCUGGGGUGCAGGGCCCCUCCAAGGCACAGGGUCCCCACAGGGCACAGGGUCCCAGCGCCAUGCAAGGUGCUCCCAAAGCACAGGGUAGCCCCACGGUGCAGGGGCCCCUCAGGGCACGGGGUCCUGGUGGCGUGUAUGGCCCCAGGGGGGCACCGGCUCCCCUCAAGGCGCAUGGUACCCCCAGGGCAGAGGGUCCCCUCAGGGCACAGGGGCAGAUGGGGCCGCGAGGUCCCAGUGGCAUGUAUGGUCCCAGCAGGGCACAGGCUCUCCCCAGGGCACGGGGUCCCUCUGGGUCACAGAGAUCCAGAGGGGCGCAUGAUGCCCCCGGGGCUCAGGGGGUCGGGGUCCCACGAGGGGUGGGGGUGCCGCGGGACUAGUGCCGCGGUGCUGAGGGGUGACCUGGGGGGGGACACCGCAGCCACCACUGCUGUCGGGUGACACCGACAGCUGCUGCUGCGGGACCGGGACCGGGAUGGGGCCGGGUCAGUGUCACGGAGUUUGGGAGCCGUGAGCAGCUCGGGACCCCCAGCCCCGCCGGGGCAGCAGCAGGGACGCGGUGACAGACACCGCGGUGGUGGCCGUCGUCCCGUCGCCCGGUGCCUCAAGAGCGCUCCCAGCGAGCCCCCCCAAGCUGCCCGACCCGCCCGGGAUGCGGGGUGAAGCCCACGCCCCGGUACUCCCCGAGCCCCGCUGCCGGUACUCUCCAUGGCCCCGCCCGGCCCCCACCGC